GAUGCUCCAGUUUUCAGCCAUGCUAUUGUUCUACUGACGCUGAUAAUUGGAAUCAUAAUUCUCUCCUUCUGUCUAGUCGUGUUCUACUCUGCUUCUCUGUCUCUCUUCUAUUCUGUUUCUGCUUCGAACGUGUAGUUGUUUGAGCUGCUCUCAUGAUAAUUUAUUUGUACUUUUGAAACCCUUUGUACCCGCGAUCAUGCGCUUGUACAACUACGCUGUGCUGUAUGACUGAGCUAUGACUAUGAGUCAUGCUCGCACUAGCUAUGAUGCCUUUUGUGUCACGUGUCCGUGUAUGUCGUGGCGCAAGCGCGCUGUGCCUUUGCUGGCCCUUUUUGCUUCCUUUUGCAGUUUUGGUUUUAGAGUUAUGCCGGUUAUGGUUGAAGUGUGUUUGCAAGGAGAAAUCCAGAACGUCUAGUAAUGGUGUGUUGUCCCAUUUGCGUUCGGAGAGUGUGCCUGUGCACGUGUAUCGGAAUUUUGAAUUCUUGCCUGGAACAUUUGGUCCUUCGAGCCUUACUUCGACUCAACCUUGUAGCUUCAGUACAGUCUUCUUUCGUAGUGUCAAUUUGUUUGUUUGUGAUUGUCAAUUUUAGUCCGGCCGCAGUUUCAGUGACUGUCAGUCUAGUAGUAGUGUCACAAUGUCUGACCAGGAGCUGCGUCGGAGCAGCAGGACUAACGCUGGAAUACCCCCCGAUAGGCUGGGAGAGUGGGAGCCCGCCGCUGGACACGAUGCCCCACUGACACCUGUGUCAAACCGAAGUGUUGCAGCCUCAAAGUCUGCUGCGUCGUCCAGCUCUGCAACUCGCCGGCGACUGCUUCGAGCGCAGGCUCAGCUAGAAGCAGCGAAGAAAAUUCAGGUGCUCGAGGAGCAGGAGCUGGCCCGCAAAAAGACGCUGGUCGAUUUGGAACUGAAAGCUGCGCUGGCAGAAAUUGCAGACGCCACCAGCAGAGCAGGCAGCUCAGUCCGUAGUGGUCUUCCUGGUGCUGCCGGUAGCAAUACCAGUGGGAGUGUGGCACUGCAGCCAGCCCUUGCCACUGCUGUCCACACCAGUAAAGUGGCACGGGUGGAAGAGUGGGUGAGGACCCAAGGCGUUUUCUACGUCCCUGAUCAGACGCCCAGUGUUGCCACAGCGCAGUCCGCUUGUGCCGCUUUGGCGAGUGUCUCGUCCACCCGGGAGCUGUUUGCGCAGCGCAGGACCCAGCCAGGCAUUCUGCACCAGCCUGCUUCUCAGUAUGUAGCGUCUCCGGCGGUACGCCAGUCAGCGCCAGCUCCUGCGGUACGCCAGUCAGCACCAGCUCCGGCUGUAGGCCAGUCAGCGCCAGCUCCUGCGGUACGCCAGUCAGCACCAGCUCCGGCUGUAGGCCAGUCAGCGCCAGCUCCUGUGGUACGCCAGUCAGCGCCAGCUCCUGCGGUAGGCCAGUCAGUGCCAGGUCCAGUAGCCCGCUUGAACGCGGAGGCAGCCCCAUUUGUGACCGUGCCCAUGACGAGCCUCGGUGAUUCGCCAGGUGCUAGGGAGCUGCACCUCCAACAACAGCUAGAUCGUACGCGGUCCGAGCUGGUAAUGACAGAGCAAGCGCUGCACCAGACAUUGGGUCAGGUCCCGCAAGCCAGUCCACUAACUGCGCGCGCUCCACCUGCACCACCUGAACGCCAGCCGGCCAGCACUAACGAGUUCUUGGCUCGCCAGACCAUGGGCAGGGACUUGCCCACGUUCUCUGGCCAACCGGAGGAGUGGCCGUUGUUUUUUAAUGUGUACCACUCCACCACCACUGCGUAUGAGUUCACGGAUGCAGAGAACCUCAUCCGAUUGCAGAAAUGCCUGCGCGGCAAGGCGAAGGAAGCAGUGGUUGGCCUGCUUACCGUCCCCGGCAACGUCGACCAGGUUCUGCGGACUUUGGAGCUCCGGUUUGGACGUGCUGUUCUGGUGAUCAGCACGCUCAUCCACAAGGCCAAGAGCCUGAGCUCCAUCCGAGCCGAUGAUUUUGACGCCCUCAUGGUAUUCGCCACUGCCGUGCAAACUUUGGUGUCAACCAUGCAGCUGCUGAGGACACCAGGCCACAUGUUGAACCCGCAACUUCGGCAGGAGCUGGUGAGCAAGCUACCAGCAAGUCUGCGCCUCCAGUGGGGAGACAUUGUCCGUAGUAUGCCACCUGAUGAUGUCAGUAUUGCAACGCUAUCUUCUUGGCUUCAGCAGGUAGCCCUCUCUGCAUCAUACAUCCACAUCCCUCGACCGUCCGCCACGGACCACAGGCCACCGCCUCGUCGAACGGACCCGUCACUCGCCACAACGACCAGCAGCAGUGGAAGCAGCGAUCGCUGCGAUUUCUGCAACGGUCGCUCCCAUGCUACUACCGAGUGCAGAACGUUCCUGGGCCAGUCAGUACGUAGUCGCUGGAAAUGGGUCAAGGAGCAAAGACGUUGUUUUACAUGCCUCCGUAAGGGUCAUCGUCUGCCAGACUGCCCACGCCCGACGGAGUGUCCUGUUCACGGCUGCAGCAAACGCCACCACAAACUCCUGCACUCUGACGCCUCAGAUACCGCAGGUGAAAGAGACGAGACACACCUGUGUGCCGUGACAGAGCAGACGGGUGAAGUAAUGCUGCGUGUGGCACCGGUCACCUUGCACGGCCCAGCCGGCGAUGUCAGAGUGUGCGCUUUGUUCGAUGAGGCUUCCACCGUCACUCUGGUUGACUCAUCCCUGGCCACGGAAGUCGGUGCCACUGGCACGGUGACCCCGCUCACCUUGUCAUGGACGGACACGCAGCGGCAGCGGCACCCCAAAUCUCUGUGCGUCGACCUAGAGAUUUCUGGCGAUUUCGGGGAGCUCCAUCCCUUGCUCGGAGCAAGGACGGUCACCAACCUGCGCCUGCCAUGCUCCGUAACGUCUGUGGAUCGUGUGCGGAAGUCCUGGACCCAUCUUGCACACGUCCCUGUCAGCAAAUUGCACGAGCGGCCCAGACUCUUGAUUGGGCAGGACAACAUCAACCUCACCAUCAGCCGUGAAGUAGUAGAAGGCCCGCCGAAUGCUCCGGUCGCAAGCCGAACAUUACUUGGUUGGGUGGUACAUGGACACUUCGGCAGCCAUCGCAGCAGAGUGGACGAGUAUUUCACCUUGGUCCAUUCCACCAGCGCUGACGACGAAUUGCACGACCUAGUCAAGGACAGCUUCCGUACCGACAACUUCGGCGUUCAAGUCACUACCAGCUCGCUUCUCAGUGAGCGGGAGAAGCGUGCUCAGCAUAUUCAGGUUGCAACCACCCAGGGCAGCUCAUGCGGCACUAGGUGGGAGACGGGUCUCCUGUGGAAGGAGGACAAUACCACAAUGCCUAGCAGCAAAGCAGCUGCCAUGACGCGGCUUCUUUCUCUCGAGAGGAAGAUGGUGAGACAGCCUGAAUUCGCCCGUCAGUACAGUACCAAGCUUGAGCAGUACGUCGCCAAGGGUUACGCCGAGAAGCUGACACCAGAAUUAGCUGCACAUGAGCCGCCUGCAGCAUGGUACCUUCCCCACUUUGGUGUGACGAAUCCGAAUAAACCCGGAAAGCUGAGAUUGGUCUUUGACGCGGCAUCAAAGACAGGUGGGAGGAGCCUUAAUGAUGCACUGCUCUCCGGGCCAGACCUGCUCCGUCCACUGCCAACGGUUCUGUUCGGUUUCCGGGAGCGCCGUAUUGCGUUCGGUGCCGACAUUGCCGAAAUGUUCCACCAGGUUCAGAUCCGUGAAGCUGACCGAGACAGCCAACGGUUCCUGUGGCGGACCGAUCUGAGUCAACCACCUGAUGUCUUCAGGAUGAAGUCAAUGACAUUUGGCGCGACAUCGUCCCCUUCAUCGGCAAUGUUCGUUAAGAACCACAAUGCUCACAGCCACCCGCAGACGUCGCCUCGGCUGCAGACUGCCAUAGUCGAGCGUCACUACAUGGACGACUACUUUGACUCAACAGACACCGUUGAAGAAGCCACCGCACUGUCUGCUGACGUCAUCCGCAUCCACAAGGACGGAGGCUUCGUCAUCCGUCAUUGGAUCAGCAACUCGCCAGCCGUUCUGGCAUCUGUACCAGAAGCGCUAAGAGCCAACACAACAACCGCUGACCUUGAUGUUGAGCAUGCCCAUGCUGUUGAGCGAACGCUUGGCCUGCGCUGGGACACAGCGACAGACACGCUAUGA